CGGCAGGUCAGGUUCUGAGGCGGGUCGGCAGCUCGGAGCGGCCGUCCGACGCUCCCGGCGUCAGUUGAAGGCGACGACGGACCGAGAACGGACGGCUUCACACACCCGGCUUACAUGGUUCGACCUCUGAUGAUAACACAGCUGCUGUGGCUGUGGCCGGCGCUGGCCGCCGCCGCGGUCUCCGAUCAGUCUCUCUGUCGGCCGGCCGCCCAGUGUCUUCCCGCCGAUGGCCUGCCGGGCGCCGGCCGCUCGUGCACGCUGCCGGACGGCUCGGCGGGCCGGCUGUGCCGCCUGGAGGUGCCCCGCCAGCAGCGACGGCUCGGUCUGGGCGCGCUGGCGCCGCUGGGCAGCGCGGCGUCCGACGAGCGGCUGCAGCUGUCGGCCAGUGCCGACCAGCAGCUGGCGCACCAGGCCGGCGUCAGCGCGCUGCAGCUGCUGCGCCAGGCCAACCAGCGCCUCCAGACCGCUGACGACACGUCCUCGCAGAUGAUCUUCUGGAACUCGCCGUCCAGCUCGAACGUGCUGGCGAUGGGCUACAGCGCGCUGCAGCACCUCGAGACCAUGAAGCAGAUGCAGCCGCGGAGCCUGCGCCGCCGCCGUCAGCGGCGCCAGGCGAACCUCGAGCGGAUCACCCCCUCCGACCUGAGCAUCUGGAACUCGCCCUCCUCUGAGGAGGCGCAGAUGAAGGGUGUCAACGCCCUCCAGGCGCUGCUGCUCAUGAUGCGCCAGGGCCAGAGCACCAACCAGCUGCUGCGGAGGACCCGGCGCCAGGCCGACCCGCACCUGGUGCCCGGCUGCACCCCUGAGCCGGAGCCGCGCUGCGACGCCGGCCACCGCUACCGCACCGCCUCCGGCGAGUGCAACAACCUCAAGCACCCACUCUGGGGCCGCUCGCUGGCCAAGCAGAUCCGUCUGCUGGCCGACACGUUCGAUGACGGCGUGUUCACUCCGCGGCGGCGCGCCAGGAGUGGCGACCCGCUGCCCAGCGCCCGCUUCAUCAGCCAGCGCACCAUGGACUCGAUGGCCACGGAGGCGGCCGCGCACACGCUGUCCGUCAUGCAGAUGGGCCAAUUCAUCGACCACGACAUCACGCAGGUGCCCAUUUUCCGGCUGGACACAGGCGCCGGCAUCGAGUGCUGCGAACAAAACGGCGCCCGACUGCCGAGCGUGCCGCGCCACCCGCUCUGCAUCCCGCUCGACAUCCCCGCCGACGACCCGUUCUACAGCCGCCACCGGCUGCGCUGCAUGAACAUGGUGCGCUCGCUGCCGGCCCCGGAGCCCGACUGCAUCGCGCGGCCGGCCUCGCAGCUGAACGCGCCCACCCAGCUGCUGGACGCGUCCAACGUGUACGGCAGCACCGACGAGCAGACGGCCGAGCUGCGCUCCUUCAGCAACGGCCGGCUGCGCACCAGCACCAACCACAUGCUGCCUGACAAGGGCACUGAGCCGGCCGGCCGCUCACUGGCCGGCGGCUGUCCGCACAGCCGCACCGCGCGCAUGAUCGGCGAGCCACCAGACGGCCGCUGCCGCGGCCACGUCUGCUUCCAGGCCGGAGACGAACGCGUCAACGAGCAGACCGGCCUGGCCGUGGUGCAUACCGUCUUCGUGCGCCUGCACAACCACAUCGUGGAGCAGCUGCAGCGCAACCACCCCACCUGGGACGACGAACGCCUCUUCCAGGAGGGGCGCCGCGUCCUGGGCGCCAUGAUGCAGCACGUCACCUACAACGAGUGGCUGCCGGCCGUCAUCGGGCGCGAAUUCGCGCGUCGGCAUGGUCUGCUGCCGCUGCAGAGCGGCUACUCGACACUCUACUCUGAGGACGUGGACCCCCGCAUCAGCACCGAGUUCUCCACGGCUGCCUUCCGGUUCGGCCACUCGAUGGUGCGCGACAAGCUGACGCUGCUCGGCGCCGACGGCCGGGUCACGCACACCGUCAACCUCACGUCCACCUUCUUCGAGCCCAGCGGCCUGAUGCGCUACGGCAUGGCCGACUUUGUGCGCAUGCUUACCACGAUGCGCUCCAUGCAGUUCGACAUGAGCGUCGCCAAGGCGGUGCACGAGAAGCUAUUUAACGCCGACCAGGAUCACGGCCUGGACCUGAUCUCGCUGAACGUGCAGCGCGGACGCGAGCACGGCAUCCCGACCUACGCCAGCGUGCUGUCGGCCUGCACCGGCCAGAAGAUCCGCGAGUUCUCCGACCUGCUCUCCGUCAUGAAGCAGAAGGACAUGCUGCGUCUGAUGCGGGUGUACCAGGACGUGGCCGACGUGGACCUGUUCAUCGGCGGCCUGGCGGAGGCGGCUGCCGACGACGCUCUGGUCGGCCCCACGUUCCGCUGCGUGAUCGCGCAGCAGUUCUUCGGACUGCGCUACGGCGACCGGUUCUUCUACGACAACGGCGGCAUGGUGCACAGCUUCACGCCGCGUCAGCUGCAGGAGCUGCGUAAGGCCAGCUUUGCGGGCAUCCUCUGCGAGACGCUCGGCGCCAAGUACGGCGACGACUUCUCGCGCGUCCAGCCGCUGGCGUUCACUAUGCCGUCCAGCAAGAACCCGCUGCAGAGUUGCCACUCGGCCGCCAUCUCCCGGGUCGACUACAGUGUCUUCUGAGAGUGCGGAGGCGGCAUGCCGGGAUGUUCCCAGAAGUUCUAACAGUGUGCUAUGGUUGCCAUCCGUCCAAGUGUGUGAGCUGUAUGUAUGUGUGUUGCGACUUUGGACAUCCAGUGGACUUUCGCCGGUAAAGUUUGAACGAUGUCCGUUUGUAAGUACAGUGUUUGGGUUGAAACACACGCUCAGGAAAGUUGAUGUUAGCGCUACGUGGCUAUUUGUGUUGUGAUGCAAUGCACCGUGAUACCUAAGCAGCUAUCGUUUACCAUCGACAGCACUCAUGUCAUCCACUUCCAGGGUAGUCUGGAUGGUGCUUUAGUUACUCUGGCACGGUUAACUGUACUUUCGCCAUUUUGCCGUCGGUGAAUAUCGGUCUAAAAUUUCCUCUUGGAAUAACGGAAAUUCUUCCAGCAGUCACUAGUCGCAACAUUGCUGAUUCUUCCUGCUGAGAUGCUCAUGUAUAUUGUGAAUCAUCAUCGUAACAACGGUCCUUGUAUGUACAUACAUAGGUAAUUUGUAUAAUAAUGUGUGCACUGCACAGUCCUAAGAAUGAAUAUAUAAUCCGUCACUA